AUGAUAAAGGUCCAUUGGAAAGCUUUAAAGGCUCUACAGCCUGCUAGGCUGAUUGGCAGCAGAAGAAAUCUCUUUUCAGCGAAACAAAUCCCAUCUCCAAAGGAGCUAAGACAGUUCUUGGAUAAAUAUGUUAUUGGACAAGAUGUGGGUAAGAAAGUGAUGAGUGUUGCUGUGUAUAAUCACUACCUAAGAGUCAAUGAUAAGCAGAGACGAGUGGAGGCCAAAAUCCAAAGUGAUUUGUUGGAAAAACAGCGACAAGAUGAUGAUAAAGAUGAACCAAUCUACUCCGGCAGCACUGAGGCCAAAUCCGGCUACCGACAGCUGCGUCAACGACUUUCGCAAAAUAUGGGACUCGAAGACGAUGACUUGGAAUUAUCCAAAAGUAAUGUUCUAAUGGUGGGACCAUCAGGAUCCGGUAAAACUCUUCUGGCAUCGAGCUUGGCCCGCGUGCUUGAUGUGCCAAUAGCUAUAACAGACUGCACGCAAUUGACACAGGCAGGAUACAUCGGUGAAGACGUAGAAGUGUGCAUAAAUAGGUUGUUGGUAGGUGCUGACUACGAUGUUGCGAAAGCAGAGCGUGGCAUUAUCGUACUAGAUGAAGUUGACAAGCUGGCUAAACCAGCUGCAAGCAUUGGUACCAAAGACGUCUCGGGCGAAGGCGUACAGCAGUCGCUUUUGAAAAUGCUCGAGGGUCGUUCUGUCGAAGUUGUGGCCAAAAGACCCAUAAAGAAGAACGCGGACGCUAAGGAAAAUCAGACGAUUGCGAAAAAGGAAGAAACUUUUGUUGUGGACACUUCAAACAUUCUCUUCAUAUUGAUGGGUGCUUUUGUGGGUUUGGACAAACACAUUGUGAAGAGAGUCAACAGUGCUAUAUCCGGUCCAGAACAGAGUAAUACUGAGGACAAAAAGAAUGAAGUGAACCGCCUAAGGUUCAGCAGCACAAUAGAAAAGAUCGAGCUUCCCAAUGGCAAGAAGACAUCUGCUUUAAAUCUCGUUACACCAACUGAUCUGGUAAGUUAUGGCUUAAUUCCCGAACUUAUAGGAAGAGUACCAAUAAUAACAGCCCUGGAGCCGCUGGAAAGAACAGAUCUGUACCAUAUUCUUAAAGAGUGCAAAAAUGCACUAGUGCAUCAGUAUGAAUACAUUUUUAAGCAGUUCGGAGUGCAUCUAUGCGUUACAGAGAAGGCUUUAAUGAAGGUCGCCAGCUUGGCUCAAGACGAGGGCACUGGCGCCAGGGGACUAAGAGGUAUCAUGGAACGAUUGUUACUCAAUGUCAACUACGAAUGUCCAGGUUCUGGAAUCUCGUACGUUUUGGUAGAUGAAAAAGUUGUCAACUCGCUGAAACAGUCUAAACACUCUUUAGCAACGCAUGUGGCUGCUAAGUAUUAUUCCAGAGGAGAGAGAGAACAAUUCAUCGAAGAUGUUUACAAGGAAGAUGUCAAGAAAGGGAAAAUCCUGGAUAAAAUCUAUGGAAGAACGGGCACCCGUAUUCUACAGGGCAAAAAGAUACACGAAUGA